UAUUACUCAUAUAUUUGCAAAGCUGAAGGGACGAGUGUCGGAUUCCCCACUGAUUUCCAACCUCUCAAAUUUCCCGAAUUUCUCCAGGCCAUCAUUGGCUCUGUACACUGAAGGAUCCAAUGGCGGGCGCCGUGCUAUCUUCUUCCUCCUCUUCUUCUCUCUGUUGCUACGCCUCCGUUCGCGAUAUUCGCAUACCUCAUCCAACUAAAUUAGCUUCUUCUUCUCGUCAAUUCAGCACCGCGUUCGCCACCGGUUCCCCUCUCUUGAUUCGAACACCAAUCUACCGGAGAAAGGCUGCUGGUCUGAAUUCUGUAAGAUGUGAGCAGAGUACAAAGGAAGAAGGCAGUGGUUUAGAUGUAUGGCUGGGACGGCUCGCUAUGGUUGGCUUUGCCGCCGCUAUUAGUGUUGAGGUUGCUACCGGCAAAGGGCUCCUUGAGAAUUUUGGCCUCACAGAUCCUCUGCCAACAGUGGCGUUAGCAGUGACAGCAUUGGUCGGAGUUCUUACUGCAGUCUUCAUCUUCCAGUCUGCAUCCAAGAACUGACCAUUUUUUUCUUUCUACAUGGUGUUUCUACAAUACAGCUCAUAUAAACGCAACUCUACUAUGUAUGUACUUUUGAAGAAUGUAUGAUUGUAUCUACUUUCAACAUAGAAAUCAUAUUUGUUCCAAAGUGUAAAGAUAUUGAUGCCCUUCUUUA